CAUGUUUAUCUUUGUAUCUCAACAUUUGAUAUUAGAUAACUGAUUCUUCUUUCGAAAAAAAUAAAAAAAAACCAAAUUACACCCUAUAGAACCAAAACAACUCUGAACCUAUAAUAUUUGAAAUCAGCGCAAAAGCAUAACCUAAACCCAAGUCAAUUAGUAGAGUUGAAGUGUAUUUCGUCCUCUAAACGGGAGAGAAGCUGGAAAAUGCAUGAGAAUUCGAAUGCAUCGGAAUCAGCAAUGGUAAUAGAAGCCCUAAGAAGAAAGGGUUGGUAUUUGGAAGACACCGACGAUCUAAAGGCAGUAAUCGUUAUUCAAACCGCAUUAGCCGAUGACGGUUCCAAGGUGUUAGAGUCUGUAGAGUCGGAGCUCCUCAAUUCUGAUCUCAGAUCCAUUGGAGCCAAGUCCUUACCCGAACCAACCCUUCUUCGUAACCCUUCUUCUUAUAUCCAUGGACCCAAAGUCCUUCAGAUAUCUUCGGUGAGGGAUAUAUCUAUGAGCAGCAUGGAUAACAUUUCAAGAAAUUCAAGUGGUCGGAGACUUCUGAGAUUGUGUCUCACAGAUGGUCACUCCGAGAUAACUGCUGUAGAAUACUCUCACAUUCCAUUUAUACCUGACAGUGUUGUUCCUGGUACCAAGAUUCGUUUGGAAAAUAAAGUUCCGGUUCACAGUGGUAUAGCUUGCUUAAAUCCUAAAGCAUUGACUGUAUUAGGAGGUGUUGUUCAAUCACUCUAUGAAGAAUGGCAGAUGAAUAAAAAAUAUUCAGGAUUCUCUCGGUCAUCUUUAAGACAGCUAGGGGAUCGCGAUACAGGUGGUCCUCCUCCAUUUGUGAAGCUGCAGGUUGGAUCUUCCUCAGGUUAUGCAGAUAAUAACUCUAGAAGUAGUAAGCCCAUUGCUGUGGCUGGUAGAGCUGAGAUGAGGCCAACUCGUAUCCAGCAAGACCUUAAUCUCAAAGAAGAUAUUUUGGACGCAAAUCUAAAAUCCAAAUUGCCUCCAGAAAGAGCUGAAGACAAACCUAGAAGUUCAGGGACAAGGCCAAAUGAAACAGCCGAAGAUAAACCUAGUAGUUCGGGGACAAGGCCAAAAGAAGUUGUGGAAUCUGUUCCGGUACAAAAUCAAGCAGCUGCCCAAAAAUUACUCCAGAAGCUGAAUCAACCAAAUCCGCGUGAUCGACAUCCCAGGGGUCGGAGACAUAGGGGCAAGGGUCAAGAAGAAGAUCAAGUUGUCUUUACUUUGGAAGAAUAUGAAAAUAGAAAGGCCCAAGCAAAGACAUGUAAUGAAGACAAGGUUCCAGAUAUUAGCCGUGAUGAGGAUCUUGCUUGGCAGCUUCAGAAUCAAUUUAACCUUGAACGUUCUCAGGUACAAAGGUGUCCUGGUGAAUCUGCAGCAGAGAAUAUUAGAAUGAGCAUGUUCACAUAUGAAAGGGAUUCUGAUGACAGCUAUCAAACGGGAAGAGGAGGAAGAGGUAGAGGUAGAAGUAGAGGAAGGGGAAGGGGUAGAGGAAGAGGCAGGGGAAGAUAAAGUUAACGUUCUUGUUUGUCUUGGAUAUUUUCUUCUUUUUAUUUUCAAUUUAUUUAGUAGUCAAUUGAGGUUGAAUUGUUGAUGUCAUAAUUUUCAUUUAAUCAAAUAAGUUGAAUCAUCAUUUAAUUAUAGACUAAUUGUGAAAAAUAUAUGCUACACAAAGGAUGUAAAAUUCUAAAUAUUGAUUGUUAGUAUCUAAGUCAAAGUAAUAAUAUGUGGAGUUCAGCCAUAACA